AACCCAUUACCUCUCUCUCUCUCUCUCUAGCGAUUCGAUUUGGGCUAUUCUCUAUGGGUAUUAACUGGGUACUAAUUCUUGCUGGGGUACUUCUCUUUUGUACUGCCGAAGCCAUUGUGUCCAUUGAUGUCCAUAAGGCCAAGGAUCUCCUUCGUUUGGGCUAUCAUUACGUUGACGUUAGGACGGCAGAAGAGUUUAAUGAAGGCUAUGUAGAUUUUGAGAAGGUCGUGAACAUUCCUUACAUGUUUAGCACUCCAGAAGGAAGGACAAGGAAUCCCCAAUUUCUGGAGCACGUUUCAUCCGCUUUCAACAAAGAUGAUCGUAUCGUAGUGGGUUGUCAGCUUGGGAUUAGAUCAGUUUCUGCAACCACAGAUCUUGAGAACGAUGGUUUCAAGGAUGUGAGGAACAUGGAAGGAGGAUAUAAAGUGUGGGUAGAGAAUGGCUUAAGUGUGAAGAAACCACAUCAUGAGGAGCUCUGAUGAAGCUUUGGCUAAAUAAUUUAGUCUCGGUACUCCAAAUACGAACCAUAAUAAAGCCGUAGCUAAUUUAGUUAUUCUGAUCCUAUCAAGGGUGAUCAUCCCUCCUAUCCUCUCAUUUUCAAGUGAAGCUCAAUUUUGUUAAGCUAUGAAUAAGCAUUUAUGUAUGAGAGUCAGCUUAUCUUAAUAAAUUAUCCUCAGAUUUAAAAA